AUGUCUCUCAAUGUUACUCAAUGGAGCAUCAAAAUGGACGAAGUGGUGGAUAAAUUUGCAAUGGUUACUCCUGCUGCUGUUGCGUUGGAUAUGAAAGACCAGAUCAUCCCCCUUGAUACACAAGUUUUGGUUCGUAGCGAAGUUGAAAGCAAUCACAUUGAAAAUCCGUUCCAUCAUGCUCAGGUAAAACUUUCCGUUGCCUUUCCAGACAAGCAGCUACUUCAAUAUGAUUGUGGUAAACUUCAAAAAUUGGCGACAUUACUCCACGAUUUAGUGGCUAAUGGACAUCGUGCACUUAUAUUCACACAAAUGACGAAAGUGUUGGAUAUUUUGGAACAGUUUUUGAACUUCAGAGGAUAUCGUUAUAUGCGUUUGGAUGGUGCAACUAAAAUUGAAGAUAGACAGUUGAUGACAGAGAAGUUCAACCGAGACCCCAAAAUUCCGGUAUUCAUCUUAUCAACCCGUUCUGGUGGUUUAGGUAUCAAUUUAACUGGUGCGGACACUGUCAUUUUCUAUGAUUCUGACUGGAACCCAGCUAUGGACAAGCAAUGUCAGGAUCGUUGUCAUCGUAUUGGUCAAAUGAGAGAUGUUCACAUCUACAGAUUUGUGUCGGAGUACACAAUUGAAUCAAAUAUCUUGAAGAAAGCCAACCAAAAACGACAGUUAGACAAUGUUGUUAUUCAAGAAGGUGAUUUCACUACUGAUUAUCUUGGUAAAUUCUCAGUCAGAGAUUUGGUCAAUGAUACAAGUAUUAUAUCUGACUUGCCUGAUAAGCCUAUUGGUGAGAAUGCCAAUAUUGAACUUUUGGCUCAGGCAGAGGAUGAAGCCGAUCGUGUUGCCGCGAAGGAGGCUAUGAAGGAAGUUGCUGUGGAUGAGGAUGAUUUCAAUGAGGAUAGUAAGCAAGGAACCCCUACGCCAGGAAAACCUAAAAGGGAGGAAGGGGACACCGAAGAUGGAGACUAUGAUGAAGGUGUGGGUCAUAUUGAUGAGUACAUGUUACGGUAUAUCGGAGAAGGAUUCUAUGUUGAAUGA